ACAAUCUGUAGGUUUGACAGCCAGCUGAUAUGAUAAUACUCCCAACGAGGAGCAUGUAGAACAGGAAAAAGGCAUUUAAAACUACUAAAUACAUUCUUAACUUUGUCUUCGUAACACAAAACAAACUUAAAAUGAAUUCCCUAGUACGAAAUAGUAGGUUAGCAUGCCGCGCAUUUUCAACGUCGCUGGUGCGGCAAUGCGCUCAGCCGCCUAAGAGGAAGCCGAAGCAGUUCUUGGGGCCUAUAACGUGGAAGUCCAUGGCGGCGAUGGCGGUGGUGGGCGGCGGGCUGACGGGCUUCAUGCUGUACGUGCGGAAAGAGAAGCAGGAGGCGGUGGAUAGGGAACGUAAGCGGCAGCUCGGCAAGGCUAAGAUCGGAGGAGAUUUUGAGCUCGUGGACACGCAGGGCAAACUGGUAAAGAGUACAGAUCUCCUAGGCAAAUGGCUACUAAUAUACUUUGGAUUCACCCACUGUCCUGACAUUUGCCCUGAUGAGCUGGAGAAAUUAGCGGAGGUUGUCAACAAACAUGAUGCAACUCCAUCUGCACCACCUUUGCAACCAGUAUUUAUAUCUGUAGAUCCUAAGAGGGAUACACCUGAAAUUGUGGGAAAAUACUGCAAGGAAUUCUCUCCUCGAUUCUUGGGCCUGACCGGCACCGUCGAACAAGUUCAGAAGGCAUGCAAGUCGUACAGGGUGUACUUUAGCGCGGGGCCGGAGGACGUCGACAAUGACUACAUUGUGGAUCACACCAUCAUCAUAUACCUGGUGAACCCCGAGGGCGAGUUCGUGGACUACUACGGCCAGAACCGCAACGCGAAAGAGAUCCACGACUCCAUGCUCGUCAACAUUCAGAAGUAUGAAGCCUCCAAGAAGUCCUCGUGGUUCUAGAAGGGUCGUCACACAGAAGCACAAGUUCUCUUCUGUUCUCGAAAGUUAAAAAUGUUGGAGCUCAUGUUCUGAAAGUGAUUUCAUUGAUUUGUGAAGGCUAUAAGCGGGUCCCGAAGUCCUUCUAUUCCAUAUGUGGGGGUUCCAUGCCUAAAGGGUUUUAAAAUAUAAACAAAACACGUCAUUCGUUCAUUUGACCAAUGUCUAAAAACAUCCUUUGGAAUGAUGCCGUUUGGACGACUGGGUGCUGUAGUUUUUACAAGCUUUUAUUUAACUUGCCCUGUUAGUAUGUAAGUUAUUUUGUUAGUGUCAAGUUGGAAGCUAACUUUGACCCACUUCCCGAUUUCCAAUUGAGCUGAAAAUUUGCAGUCGGUUGACAACGCAAUAUUAUGGUACCAUCGAGCUGAUCUGAUGAUGGAGACAGGAGGUGGCCAUAGGAACUCUGUGAUGAAACAACACAACCUAAUUGUGUUUGGGGUUUUUAGAAUUGUCUCGAUGAGUAUCUGUAGCCCGUAGUAAGAAAUGAAGUCAGCGUCAAGCUUGUACCAAAAAUGUUUUUUUUUUUUAAAGUGGCCAUAAGAACUCUGAUGAAACAACACAACCUUGUGUUUGGGGUUUUUAGAAUUGUCUCGAUGAGUAUCUGUAGCCCGUAGUAAGAAAUGAAGUCAGCGUCAAGCUUGUACCAAAAAUGUUUUUUUUUUUUAAAGUGGCCAUAAGAACUCUGAUGAAACAACACAACCUUGUGUUUGGGGUUUUUAGAAUUGUCUCGAUGAGUAUCUGUAGCCCGUAGUAAGAAAUGAAGUCAGCGUCAAGCUUGUACCAAAAAUGUUUUUUUUUUUUAAAGUGGCCAUAAGAACUCUGUGAUGAAACAACACAACCUUGUGUUUGGGGUUUUUAGAAUUGUCUCGAUGAGUAUCUGUAGCCCGUAGUAAGAAAUGAAGUCAGCGUCAAGCUUGUACCAAAAAUGUUUUUUUUUUUUUAAAGUGGCCAUAAGAACUCUGAUGAAACAACACAACCUUGUGUUUGGGGUUUUUAGAAUUGUCUCGAUGAGUAUCUGUAGCCCGUAGUAAGAAAUGAAGUCAGCGUCAAGCUUGUACCAAAAAUGUUUUUUUUUUUUUUUAUGGCAAAAACUUAUUUAGUAGGUACCAUCAGUCGUAAAAGUGCCUGGCGACUUUACAAUUAAUCAUCAAUCAAAAUUUCUCGAUACAAUUUCGCAGCUUACCAUACUAUUAACUUUCGGGAACAGAAAAGACAAAUUAACUUAAAUAUGAGCUUUUAAUUAGAUUAGACAUGCCUAUAGUUUUGAAGUAUUUUUGUUUAAGUGAAAUAAAUUAAUUUGUUACAAA